GCCAGGCGCCGCGGGCCGCGCACGGUUGGCCAGUCGCUCCCGCCGCCGCCGCCCGCCGCCCCUCCCCUCCCCCGCCGCAUGUCGCUGGCGGCGCUCCCCGCUCCCUGCCACCCGCCCGCCGCUCUCGGCCUCGACGACUCCCCCCGCCGCCGCCGCUGCUACUACUACGACCGCUGCCCCAGGAGCCGCAGCCGCCGCCCUUGAUGUGGUUCGGGGCCGGGCGGGGAGAAGAUGCCGCCGUCCAAGUCCCGCAAGAUCGCGAUCCUGGGCUACCGUAGCGUGGGAAAAUCUUCACUGACGAUUCAGUUUGUGGAAGGACAGUUUGUUGAUUCAUAUGAUCCAACUAUAGAAAACACUUUUACAAAACUGAUCACAGUAAAUGGCCAAGAAUAUCAUCUUCAGCUGGUUGACACUGCUGGCCAAGAUGAAUACUCCAUAUUUCCUCAGACGUACUCCAUAGACAUCAAUGGCUACAUUCUUGUUUAUUCAGUCACGUCAAUAAAAAGUUUUGAAGUGAUAAAAGUUAUCCAUGGCAAGUUAUUGGAUAUGGUGGGAAAAGUCCAAAUACCCAUUAUGCUGGUUGGAAAUAAAAAAGACCUGCAUAUGGAACGGGUGAUCAGCUAUGAAGAAGGGAAAGCUUUAGCAGAAUCCUGGAAUGCAGCUUUCUUGGAAUCUUCUGCUAAAGAAAAUCAGACUGCCGUUGAUGUUUUUAAGAGGAUAAUUUUGGAGGCAGAAAAAAUUGAUGGGGCAGCUUCACAAGGGAAGUCUUCGUGCUCAGUAAUGUAAUUCCACUGCAAAACACGAAAACACUGGGAAUACAUUCUACCUGAAGAAGCAAAACUGCCCAUUAUCUUUAAGAAUAAACUAUGCUCUUUUUUUUUUUUUUUUUCCUCCCUCUUUCUGUUAACCUGAAAGAUAAACAGUUGGUUUGGAGCCUUUCCCUUCAGAUUAUGUUAAACUCUGACUCCUGUGCAAAUGGCUUCACUUCCAUUUUCAAAUUUUAAGCAAUCAUAUUUUCAAUUUAUAUAUUGUAUUUCUUAAUAUUAUGACCAAGAAUUUUACUGGCAUUAAUUUUUUCAGUGUAGUUUGUUGGUUAGAAUAAUCAUCAAAAUGAUGCAUAUUGUUACACUACUAUUAACUAGGCUUGGAUAUCAGUGUUUCUUUGUGUUAAAUGUAUACUUGUAAAUAAAAUAGCUGCAAACCUUAAA